ACACAGGAGAGCUCCACACGAGGAGAGCGUAAACCGAGCACUGGGAAAACAGCCGAAGUAUACCUGUUGAUAAAGUGUCACGGUCAAACGUGACCAGAAUUUGUGAGUCCGAGAACAGUGUCUCCGAUCCCCCAAGAGUGACUGAGGAUUUGGGUUUGGCAGUCGGGUGUAGUGGAUAAUGCCUGGCGUAAUGCACAACGGGUAUGACUAUGAUGACCGCAGCAGGGCUCAUCCCCACCCUGGGGGAGGCUCCAGCUAUGAUGCAUACCGAAGAAACGAUGACAGGAGAGAAGAAUACUUCAAUGACUUGUAUGCCAAGCCCCAGAGGAAUGGCUAUAGCUCCCAGAACGACCGCUUUAAUUGGACUGACCACGUAACAGAUCGCUCUAGCCUCGAUGGCCGCCAUGAUGUCUACAAAGGUCACGAACCUGUGUACGAAGUGGAUCAUCUGGCCACAUUCACGGCCACCAGAAGAGGGUCGUCAGGCCUGAUCAGCCUUGAAGAAGGUCUCAGCAAGCUGAGGAACAUGGAGGUGAUGACUGGGAUCUGGACCAUGAGGUGCCUGAUGGUCAUAGAACGUAACUACAUCAUCAUCCUGGACAAUCAGACUGGGGAUGAACACGAUCGAUUUCCAAUUGAUGUUGUCCACAAACCCACAGCUAUUGUGCGGAAUGACCCACGGGAGAUUUACAACAACCUGAUUCUGUUCACCGUGGUAACAGAUCCCAGAAAGGGCGCGCCUGAGCCCAACAUGCACAUCUUCCAGAGCGUCUCGGCAUCAGCCCAAGAAAUAGCAGAUGAAGUCCACGCAGCCAAAGAAGGGAAGCCAAGACUGUCUCAGGGACAUCACCGGAUCCCUCCUGCUCCUGUCAAACCUGCACCUGAGCCCCCACAUAUGCUUAAUUCAGAUCCCAGACCGCUGUCCGGCAUGUACAAUAUGAGAAGCCGACCCCAGGUCAAUCGCGACCGUGAGGACACGGACUCCAUGCAGGGCGAGCGCAUCGAGUUAGAUAUGCAAAAAUUGAACGCAUGCUGUGAUGAUAUUGAGAAGUUUGUGGCCAGGUUACAGCAGGCAGCAGAAGCUUACAAAGAAUUGGAAAAUCGGAAAAAGGAGCGAGGAAAAGCUAAAUCCAAACAAGUGGGAGAUGGUAUGCUGAGCAUGAGAGCCAAACCUCCAAGGAAUGAUGAUUUCAUAGAUAUCUUCCAGAAAUUUAAAUAUGCCUUUAACAUUCUGGCCAGGUUAAAGCCCUAUAUCCAUGACCCAAACGCGCCGGAACUUGUCCAUUUCCUGUUCACACCUCUGAGCUUGAUCUACGAGGCGAGUCGCGACGUUAACAACCCUCCCCCACUGGCGUCCCGCGCUGUCUCCCCGCUCCUGACCAGAGAGGCCAAAGAUUUGCUCCUCAACUGUCUGACCUCCAAGGAACAAGAAUUCUGGAUGUCUCUGGGAGAUGCUUGGUUUAUGACCAGGGAGCAAUGGCGAGGCUCAGUCCCACCGUACAUGCCUCGGUUUUACAACGGCUGGCAGCCGGCACCGUCAGACAUAGAUGAGGACCCACGUGGUGCUAUGAACCAGGCCGUGGUGGCUCAGAUGGCUCAGAUACGGCACCGUAAUGAGCUGGACCUAGCCAGAGACAAGGCAGCCAAUCAGGUGUUGUCCUAUCCCCCUGUUGAAGAGAGGUUCCCUCGCCCAUACACAGAUCGCAGGGAUGAUCCAAUAGAGAACUUUAGCACGCGUUUACCUACCCCACCCCCAGGGGCGUUGGGGGGCGAUCCUCGAGUUGUGGGAUACCAGGAGUAUGUAGAAAGGCAUAUUGAUAGAAACAAGCGGAUUCAUGACGACCGGGGCAUAAUACCGUCCUCCUCGCAGACGUCCAUGAGGCCACAUCCCAGGGAUGAUGCCCAGUUGUUGUUUGCUCGAGACCUUAAAGCCAGAGGAGCCAAAGUUUAUGAAGUUGUACACAGAAGACAAGGAAAGAAUGCCAAGGAAUUAACUGUUGAUGAAGGAGAUAUAUUAGAGGUUUUAGAAGAUACCCGAAACUGGUGGAGGCUGAGAAAUUACCUGGGAGAAGUAGGCCAUGCCCCUUACACCAUUCUAAGAGAGUACAAAGAUGAGGAUAACGGCUAUGACGACAGGAUGCCAGAGCGAAACUUCGAAGCAGAACAACUUCACAAACGUACAGACAGUGGAGGAUAUAGUGCCCACCUUCCAAGCUUCGGAGACUAUGGCUCAGCAAUACAGCCUCCAUCCUCAGCACAAUAUCCUGCCAAUUCCAACAACAACAACAACUAUCAAAACUCCAGACAAGGACGUAGAGAGGAUGACUGGCCAGUGGAAAGGAGGCCAACUCCGCCCCCGGCCGCCCCCGUUCCUGAACCUCCUCCUCCUCCCACUGUGAUCACACCUUUGUAUGACAACCCACCAGCAUCCCCCAAACCAGUACGGAAGAAACAUUCUCCAAAGAAUCAUGAUGAUAAGAAAGAUGACUUGCAUGAUGAGCUACAAGCAAGAAUGAGCCACAUUUUGAUUCAAAACAAGUCCCGGUUUGCCAACAGAGAUGUCCGAAUUACCCAGCAUUCCUCACCAGAGGAAGUGACUGAAUGGUUGAUUGGAAAACAGUUCAGUGCCACAGCUGUGAAUGAGUACAGAGAGUACACAGGUGCAGACAUGUUCAACUUGAAGCGACAGGAAAUGGAGCGCCAUCUAGGUCGUGAGGAAGGGGCACGACUGGACAGUCAGCUUAAGGUGCAGAGAAACAUUUCAGGAUAUGCCACAAAGAGUGCAGCUGAGCUGAAGGCCAUCUUACAGCGGCGUAAGGAGUGGUCAGAUUCUGGCGGAGCUGACCCUCAGACCCAGGACCGGCUGGGCAACCCCCCAACUUUCUCACCAGGACCCCUCCCUGAUCUGUCAGCCACAAACUCUGAAGCUGACUCCGAAGAGCUGAUGGGAUCAUUACCUGCCAAUACCUUACGAGACAUGCUGCGACGACAGCGCCAGAAAAUAUUUGAGGAACAGUUUGAUCAGCCCUAGGCAACCUAAAACCAGGACUAAAAGAAGAAGUGAAAAAGGACUGUUUAUGGGCCGACCUGGUGCAAAACUUUUGAAGCCUAUAAUCAAUUGUAUUUGGAGUUUUCUUAUGAUUGUACAAUCACUGUAUGAUUUGAAAAGCAAGUAUGUAUCAUAUUUUUUCUUUGUUUUACUUUUUGAUUUUAUGAUUUAACAUGGCUUGCAGGUUGAAACUAAUACCAGUAGCACAAUUUUGUUACUACGCAUAACUUGUUUAUCCUAUGGAAACAUUUAGUUAAUUUAGCUGGGAAGUCUUUUCUAUGUUGGUUGUGAUAUUGAGGUAAAUAAAGUGUUUAUUUUUACAUCAACAAACUCUAGACACAUAUAACUAGUCAGUGCUGUUUGUAUAUAAAGGCACUGUGUAGCCUAUAUUAUAAUGUGAAAUGGUAGUGAACAAAUACAAUGAAGCUUCAGUUAAAUGAUAAUUUUUUUACUGAUAUGUCUCAAUCCAGUUGCGGUAGGGGAGAUAUAUUUGUUUCUGCUGUUCACUGAGUAACUUUGCCUUCUGAACUAAAGGACCAGUCUUGAUGCUUACUGACACUGCACUUAAAAACUGAAACUCAAAAUAUUUGUUCAUGGAUAUGUUGACAUUGCAGCAGGCAGUAACUGUAUCUAGGUGUACCUGUACUACAUCCUGCUGGGCAGAAUGUAUUAGACUAAUUUGGUUUGAAGCAUAAUGACAAGGGUCUUAAGAACUGAACUUUUGGAGUGGGUAUUAUAUCUGUCCUGGACAAUCAUUAUCAUACUGUGAAGCAUACUAAUAAUAUAAUGGCAGGUGGUGGACAUUUAAGGUACCAUUUACUGAUUGUAAGGUUUAUAUAAUAUGUGAUAGGUGAAAUAUGCUUCAUAUUGAUAGAAGUUUAUUUGGUGGUGAGGGGGGAGGGGGGGAUAGUGCUGAAGUUUUUAUUUUGGAUAAAAUCAAUUCAUUGACAGUGAGAUCACCAUUCAAAGAAAUUCAAGCUGUUGGAGGUCAUUUUGGACACUAUAGCUGUAGCAGACUUCCCCAUAUGUAGACAUAUUUUGGAAGAGGACUGAAAGUGAUAAGCUUUUAAGAAUGUAACGAGACUCGAACUGCAGGUUUAACAUACAUGCAUGUGUACAUAUAUUAUAGUUGUUACAAUUUCUGACAAAGUCACACUCGUUGACGAAUUUGUAACAGUACACAAAAGAGGUGGAUUUGUCUUAAUUUUAAGAAAGUCAAGAGAUGAGACAUUUGUAUGCAAUGUUUGGAAUACUAUAGUGCCUAUAUACAAGAUCAACACUCUUAUUGCAUAUAAACAAGUAUUUAUUGAACUAAUCAAAAUUUACUGAUUUGGUGUUUUGUAUUUUGUGUUUUCAUAUACAUUAAUGAUGAAUUUACAAUGAAUAACCUGAUAGACAUUUUCAACUUUACAGUUGCUGUGAAAUGAUUUUCAAGAAUAAAUAUGUCGUUUUGUUGCAAAUUUCCAUGGUUAAUACUUGACACUAAACGGUCAGCAUACUCCCAACAUAUUCUGUGAUUGAAUGUAAUAACCAUUUUAUAGAUAUAUUUAUAUAUAUUUAGCUCAUUUUACUUAUUUCUUCCAUGGCUGUCACCUUUUGCGAUGAACAGUGGUGGUGGUUUUGUUUAUUAAGAGUAUCAAUUUGUGUAACUAAUAGAAGAGCCAAGUCUACUCUUUAAGCUGUUGAUGUGUUGGUCAGUGAGACGUCUGCAGUCACACUUUCACAAAUACUUCCCUCGUGCGCGACAGAAUGAAGUUGUGGAAGUCAAGUGAUCUAUGGAUUGUUUAUUUCUCAAUGGUUGCCAUACAGUGGUAUGGUUCGUCAGCAAGAACAAGAAAGGUACUUGUUUGGGUAUUCUGGACUGCCAACGUUUACAGGAGUUGUCUCCCUUUUUAGAGAACUGGAAAACUUUUUAAGAUCUGUGUCAGACAGCCAUAUAUAUAGAUGUACAUAAAUAGACAUUGAUAAAAAAAUUAAAAAUAGUGUUUACAGAAUAUGUACAAUAGAUUUGAUACUCCACACACUGCUUGAAGUCCUUUUGUAAAUUUUGUUUGAGGAAUACUUUAAAUCAAAACCUUCAAUCAACACAGUAUAGUUAAUAGUUGGGUUUAAAUUUAUACCAUUGUGAUUACAAACCUUGCGUCCAUUUCAGUAUUUCCCAGAAUUGUCAAAUGUCUAAUGAAGCAGUACAACUUUUUUAUCAUAUGUGCUAUUGCCAGUUAUCUCCACUUGGGUUUUCUCCCAUCAUAAUGUUGGCCGCCAUCAUAUAAGUGAAAUGUUCUUGAGUAUGGCGUA